UUCAGGGGCACGUCCGCAGCAGCUCACUCAUUUUGGUAACGAACACACACGAUACGACGAUUGUUUUCUUUUGGAUUGGUCUAAGAAUAUAUUUCGAACACGUCAGACGCCCCCAAUCGCCUGCCCGCAGCUGAGCCGGCGCACACACGUCAUCGCUUGUACCACUCAUCUUGUUACUUGCUUCUUCUCUCUCGCUCCAUCCUCGCAGCUUUACCACUCUGCUGGUGCCAAAUAUUAUAUCGCAAGUCAUAUCAGAUCUUGGCAGCUUCACACAUCGAGUGAACGCGCAUUUGUGUUGAUGCGGUCCAUUUGGUUCAGGCGACCUGACCCUCCUAUAUAAUGGCUCGCCCAUUUCAGAACCCCUACGAGCCGGUGUAAGUCUAUGCAGGUGGAUGCAUUCUCGGAGCCUUGGGAUUAUGCUGAUCAGGCUUCUUUGCAUCUUUAGGGAUUCUCCCGGCGCCGAUAACCCUUUGUCGCCCCAACCACGUGGCGGCACACCCAUAUCGUUCAAAACGAACGUGAAUCGCGCGAAGACGAAGCGCUGGGUUGAAGCGAAGAAGAUUUCUUACGAUGGCAAUGACUGGGGUGACGAUGAGUACGACGAAUACGACGAGGACCCAACCCCUCCUCUACCGCAGCAACAACAACCUUUAAAUCAAAGCACCGGGGAUCUCCCGAGUUUAGCUUCCAGAAACAUACCUAAGCCCUGGGCUCUUGGAAUGGAUCGCUCUCGGUCAAUGGACCAGGUAAUGACGCUAGGUACCGGCCCUGCGGCAGAUAGCCGUAGUCGGUCAGCCGACCGCAACGCAGAAGAACAGGAUCACAACCUCCCUCUACGCCCGGCCCACAUCUAUAGCCGGUUACGCGAGCAGACAGCGGGGCCAGGGAACCCUCCAAGCCUGAGUCGGUCCUCCACUGAGCCAGUACCUGUAACUAGCCCGGCAGAACAGGAAGCGAAAGGCAAGCAACCCGAGAACCAGAAUGUUCCUUCAAGACCUCAGAAUGAUGUCCCUAUUAUUGGGCUCCCGGAUGUCAGGCGUCUCUCAGGAUUCGGCGCAGAUUUCACGGCCGCACCUUCGUCUGACGCUCAGAAAGACCAACCCGCAGAACCACAGCAGCAAGAACCUCAGUUACACCAUAACCCCUCCGUCGGAUUCCGGUCGGUGGUUAAUCAAGCUUUCGACGUUCCGGAGACACCGAGCACUACCAUCGAUAGUAUUACACGGUCGGAUAGCAAUAGCACGUCGGUAAUAAGCCCGAUCAUUCCUCCUCGUGGCACAAGCGAGAAGACGCCAACGAUUGAGGAAGAGCCGGAGAGUUCAACCCCACCGAGAGGCUUUAAGCCUGGUCAUCGCCGUGAUUUGAGUGUUCCCAGUCCAGAUAACAGUCCUUUGAGAAGACCAGUAGUCACCAAUAACGAUACCAUUGCUCCCGAAUCAUUAGCAGAGAUGUCGUCGGGCCUUCCAUCUGAUUCACCUCAGGACCAGUCCACACCAACAUAUCAGCAAGCCACCGUGCAACCAACUACCACAGCCGCCGCAGAAGAUCGACCUGCACCGCUGAAAAUCAGUGGUAACAUGUCUCCCCCUGAAAACUCCAUUCCCGCCAUCGUUCCCUCCUUAAGUACGGAAAAUUCACCGCAAGACACCGAGAGUGACCGAUUAAGGAAGGAGAUCAUUCGUUCUUUGAGCCGAGAGAACACUCCAUCUGAGGAAGCGGACCCACAAGACAGAUCCAGGCCUCAAACGAGUCGGCAGGAUAGUCUCAUUCCGAGCGAAUACGAGCGAUACUGGAACGAAACAAAUAGUGCCAGUCCUCAAGAGGAGUUUAAACCCGUCCUUGGGUACAACCCCUCGCAGAAUGAGUCCCAGGAUUUAUACUCCACUAGUCCACUGCAGACGUCUACUUCUGCACCUAAUGCAGCCCCGCAACAAGACAUAACCCCUAAGUUGAAGAGGCGAUUCUCUUGGGAGUCUGCCUCCUCUGAGGAACAGCCUGCGCCCGCGACAGAUGUCCAAUCCCCUCCAGUAGGGCCGAUCCCCGGACAAUUUCCUGUGGUUGAUGAGAACAGUGUUCAGCCCCAGCCCGAGCCCCAGUCCGACACUGUGGCUCCGCCACCAGUUGAGACACAUGAUGAGGCUGGACGUGAUCAUGUGCCUGAGAAGCCCAAGCUGACCAUUAUACCCCCGUCUGCCACUGACAACAACAGCAUCGUUUCGGGUCGAUAUCUUCCAGAAGUUGUCAAUGCCCAAACCGUUGGAGAUGCCUACUCCCCAGCAGUUGCAAACCAGGACACCGUAGCACCUGCGCCUGCACAUGCACCAACGCAGUCGCCAUCUAUUGAAGCAAGCUUGCUUGGCUUCCGUGAUAUCCUUGAGUUGAAGACGUCCGACGAACGGGUGCAAGCGUUCAACAAAACCCGAGAACAGUUUAUGACGAUCGAUACCGGUCUAAAUAACUGGCUCCGGGUUACUAUCCAUGCCCACCCCGAGUACGCGGAUGUCGUGCAGCAAAGUUUGAAACAGACAACGGAUGAGUCCAAGUACCCUGUGCCCCGGGCCAAAUUCCCUAAGCUGCCGUCUCUCGGGAACCUCGUGUCGUCUCACCAGGAAGGGUCGUCCGGGUCGGGCCAUGUUAGACGUUCUUCGACCCAUCUUGGUUCCAUGAUGAAUAAACAGCAUGUGGAACAACGAGGGAAGGAGUUCCUCCACACCGCUGGCGUUUUCGGCGGCAAAGCUGGCGAAGCCGCCAAGGGUCUGUUUGCCAAGGGCAGGAGUAAAUUUAAAGGUGGAGGGUCAGACAAGGUAGAGCCUUAAUUUUCUUAUUGUGGGUGGUAUGUCAUGUUUCCUCGGUGCAGGGAGCGAGUGGGGACCUAUGGAUUAUCCAUCGCUGCGCCAGCAUGCUUUUUGAUCUUUGAUGUUUUGUUUAUGUUCCUAUUGAUACCAUGUCUGUAAUUGAACAUAUCUCCGCACUCAGAAUGUGACAUGAAUGAUGUCUGUACAUU